AUGAGCUCACUAAACCAUUCAGCAAGAACAUCAACUUCACAAGAAAUCUCAACAUUAACUCAAACUUGUAUUCGAAUCAUAUCUCAAUUCAUCUUAAACAUCAUCACUGAAAAACAAAAUCAACUUCAACUUCAAUUUGAUCUAAUCUUUAAUUUCAUAUUUGAUCACAAUCAACAUCAACCCAAGAUCACUUCAGAACAAUUCAAACCAAUCAUUCAAUCUAUCUUAACAACCAUCAAUCAUAAUCAGAACUCUCAUCAUCAUCAUCAAUUACCAUUUCCACUCUAUGCUUCUAUUUUGAAAACUUAUCAAGAUUUGACUAUCUUUGAUUUACAAAAUACAUCCAACUUGAACCGACUACCAUAUUCGGAUCUAGUCUUAAAGGAUGAAACCAAAUUCAACAUCUUAUUCAAUCUAAAUCCAAACCCAACCUUACCUUUAAAUUUACUUACUAUUUUGAAUUUAAGUUGGUAUACUACAUUUUCAGAUCAAGAUUUAAAUAUCAUUCACUCAUCAUUGAAACAUUCAUUAAUUAUUCUUAGAUUGGAUUACACUUCGAUCACUGAUUUAGGUAUCUUUAAUUUAUCUCGUGAAGUCAAUUUAAACAAACUUGAACCAUUCGGAUCUGGCCUUGAAGAAAAUGAUUUAAAUUAUCUAAGAAUGGAUGAACGAUCGAAUUGGAACAAACUGACUGUUUUGAGUCUUAAAGGUUUAAAAUUAAUCACCGAUAAAGCUUUGGUUUAUUUAUCUAGGUUUCCAAACUUAGGAAUCAUUGAUUUAAACUCGACCUCUUGUACUCUUGCUUCUUGUCAAAUCUUGAACAAAUCUAUCAUGAAAACGUACCAAAAACUUCAUCCGCAUCCACCAUCUACUUCUCAUUCGUCUGUCGUCUUAAAACAAUUUCAUCAUCCGACAUCUAAAUUCCAACUUGAUUUCUUUUCAGGUCAAUUCACUUUAUCUGAAAAGUUUUUCCGGUUUAUGAAGUGGUUAGAACCUGAUGGGUUUGAUGAUCAUCGGUAUGAAGUUUUUCAAAUUAAUUGGAUAGAUCAGGAUGAUCGACCAACAAAUCGAUUCCAAUCCACUUAUCAAUCUGCUAAACUACAUGAACAUAAAUCGUUUUUUCAUAAAUCUAUUCAACUUAAACCUUUGGACACUUUAAUUGAUCCUUCACUUUGUUUGAUCAUUGAUUAUCCAUUUAAAUCAAUUCAAUUGAAUCAUACUGAAGUUUCUGAAACUACUUCAAGACAUGUUGAUCAUCAAGUUAAAGUUAAAAGAAAUUUAAAGGCUUUGGAUAGGUUGGGUCUGGAUGAUGAUUUAUCUUUACUUGAAUCUUAUAAAUCUAAAAAAACUAAAACAAUUCAUCAUCCCUAA